AUGUCGUCAGGAAUACAGCAGCUUAGUGAACAACUAAAUCAAAAAAACGAUCAGACAGAACUGAAUGCGUUGCAGAAAUCUUUGAAAUCAAUGAAAAUACAGCAGAAUAUAGCGCGAGCACCUACUUCUGAUCAUCUGAACAAGAAAAGCAAUCCUUCAAAAAAAUUAAAGCGAACUGUCCGGAUAUCGUGUAAUUCAAAUUCAAUACCAUUCACAGUUCACGGUGGAUCUGCAGAGAGUCGACUAAUUUCAGUUAAGUCAGUGAACAAUCCUGAUUUACUUGGUGUUUUAGCAGUUGGUGAUAUCAUCCUGUCUAUCAACGGAAGAGCUGUAUCUGGAAUGUUAUUAUGUGAUGUACGACGGUUAUUGAAUGAAUUACUGGCUAUCAAAAAUUAUUUCGAUAUAGAAUUAGUGGAUAACGGUGAGUUAUAA